AUGAAGCCCCGCGAUCGCUGCUGUUGUGCCAUCCCCACAGUUAACGCUGGCGUUUAUACUAUCCUCGUCGAGCAACUGGCCCUUGGUAUCACUGCAGGUACACUUGCAAUCGCCACCACACACAUUGUUGGGGCCGCCACAUGGUCUUGGUCCAAAUGGAUAUUUGCCAUUGUCUGCUACGUCGCGGCUGCUAUCCAGAUCUUUGGGUUCUUGGGUGAGAAACCCAUCACGUUCCGGCGCUACUUGACCCUCCACAUAAUGACUACCCUUGCGGGAUUUUCAGUAGCCAUUGCCUGGAUCAUCAUCUCUGCCGCCAGACACUCUACUGCAAAGAGUGAUUGCGAGAGCACCUUCUUCUCCACCUCCAACUCCACCUCCUCCGCUGUCUCUUCCGAAGGCGAGACGCUUUGUCAAAUAUUCCCGUGGGUCGACGUUGGCCUGAUGGGCGGCCUUUGGGUAUUACUGGCUAUCUCACAGUUCUAUUUCUAUGUGGUUCUCUCAGGCUACUCGAGAGGCCAGCAGGAGGACCAUAUGAAAUACGAUUCCCUCUACUCCGUCAACGGCUACAACAACGAGAUACCCAUGACCAAGCGCGAUCCCUGGGACGCCCGCGAAGAAUCUCCAUCACCUCCCCUCGCCGGUGGUCCAUCUGGGACGCGAGACGGCUAUGGUCACGUAAGAAACGUCAGCAACGUCAGCGAGGACGCUAUGCUCAGCGAUGCCUACCCUCGUCAGCCUUUCCCUGACUAUCCCCAGAACGCACGCACGUAUGAAGCCCAACCUACACCCUACAUCUCAGACCCAUACUACACCAAUAAUCCUCCCGUUGUCGGUGGUGUCGGGGGGGAGCCGGGCUUGAACAGGCCGCAGCAUUCACAGUCGCACCCCGGUCAGUCAUCACCUUGA